AAAGGCAGGUAGGAUGGGUCAGGUACAAGGGCUCGAUGGUAGAGGAUGCCAAAAAAGUCGGGAUCGCAGGGGCCAGGUAAAGACGGGCCUUCGACGGUGUAUAAAAAGCAUUGUGGGUGGUGGCAGAGACAUCAAACGAUCUACAAACGUUGGACCAGCAACAUCGGAUUAAAAUAUUCGCAGCUGCAACGUUUUUGAAAAAUCAGCCAAAGCAUUUCAGAGUCUUGAAGAAUCUGAAAUUUGAAACUUUCACGAAGCAUUUAUCCAUAAAUCGAGCAAAAAUGCCCCGCUACCAGAAACUUAUCAACGAGUGCGGCAGCCAACCGGCAGCAACUAUCGCCCAGCAGCAGCAGCAACAUCGCUAUCAGCAGCAGCAACACAGGUCGCCGAGCGUGGGCUACCACCUCUAUCUGUACCGCCAGCAGCUGGCCCAGAAAAAUGUGGAGUACAUGAGGCUGUCCAAGGCCAAGUACUUCAUCACCGACACACUCCUGGCCAAAACGGUGCGGAAUUUGAAGGGCUGCAGCGUCGACGAGUUGAAGACUGUUAACCACCAGAUCGUCUUUCGGCACAAGCUGCGUCAUCAGAUCCAGCGACUUCGGAAACUGAAGAGCCUGGGAAUCAAGAAUGCCAAUCCCAAAAUGGAGAGCACGGAACUGUAAGAAGCAAGGAAGAUCAGGAUUCUCAGGAGAAAGCGGUUUCUAAAGCUAUGACUUAGGCAUAGUUUCCAAAACCAGCAUUACCUAUUCAAUUUGUAUAUCUCUGUGUAAUUUCGAUCUCUCCAAAUUAUCCAAGAAUUUACUAAGCACAUAAUAUCAUUAGUUUAAGUGGCGGGCACUGCACAACUUUAUACAAUUAAUAAUUAAGCAUUUCAAAGUUUACAAAACAUAUAAAUAAACACACACUCAUACCAAA